AUGCCUGAACCACGACGACGACGAUAUACAGAGCAGGAGAGCAGCUCCAACUCGUUCUCCUCCUCCUCUUCACCUCCGUCCUCCCCAAUGAAACUAUGUCAACAGCAGCAGCAGCAAGAUCGUCACGACGAUGGGGACUCGCCGAAUUCCCCUGCUUCCACGAGCAAGAAGACGAAGCGGAUGCGGGACUGCAGCAAGCACCCGGUGUACAGGGGAGUCCGGAUGCGGAGCUGGGGGAAAUGGGUAUCCGAAAUCAGGGAGCCGCGCAAGAAAUCGAGGAUCUGGCUGGGCACUUUCCCGACCCCUGAGAUGGCGGCGCGCGCACACGACGUGGCGGCGCUCUGCAUCAAGGGGAGCUCCGCGAUUCUCAAUUUCCCCGACCUGGUCAGUUCCCUGCCCCGGCCGGCCUCCGUUGCGCCACGCGACGUCCAGGCGGCGGCGGCCAAGGCCGCCCUGAUGGACCAAUUCGACGGGAAGAGGGUGACGGACGACGAUUCCGGCGCCGCCGCGGCCGUGGCCGCGUCGGCGUCGGCGUCUUCGCUGUCGUCGAUGGAGGAGGAAGAGGAGGAGGGGUUGAGCGAGAUUAUUGAGCUGCCGAGUCUCGGCGAUUUCGGGGGCGAGUUAAAGAGCGAGUUCGUGUUCGUUGACUCGGUGGUGGACGGGUGGCUGUACCCGCCGGUGUGGUCGCCGGACGACGGUGGUUGCGGUGGCGGGACGGCGGGUAGGUAUGUUUGCGGUGGUGACGGGAAUGGAUUUGGGGAUGGAUUAUUUUGUAAUUAUUAUUAA